GGCGCGAAAAGCUGAAGCUGGAAGGAGGGGACCAUGGCGGACGAGCCGGCUCUGAGGGAGGCGCAACGGGAGUACCUGGACUUCCUGGAUGAUGAGCAAGAUCAGGGGAUUUAUCAGAGCAAGGUUAGCGAUAUGAUCAAUCAAAACUUGUACCGACUGAUUGUCAACAUUAAUGAUCUUCGCAGAAAGAACGAAAAAAGAGCUCAUCAGCUACUGAACAACUCUUUCGAGGAGCUUUUGGCCUUCCAGCGUGCUUUGAAGGACUUUGUUGCUUCCAUCGAUGCCACCUAUGCCAAACAGUUUGAGGACUUCUACAUUGGCCUGGAGGGCAGCUUUGGCUCCAAGCAUGUCAGUCCACGUACCUUGACCUCGCGUUUCCUCAGCAACAUCGUCUGUGUGGAGGGGAUUGUGGUCAAAUGUUCACUGGUACGUCCGAAAGUUGUUCGAAGUGUCCACUAUUGUCCUGCCACAAAGAAAACCAUUGAACGCAAGUACACGGACAUGACUUCUCUGGAAGCUUUCCCUUCCAGUGCCAUCUACCCAACAAAGGACGAGGAGAAUAAUCCCCUUGAGACAGAGUUUGGGCUGUCUUCGUACAAAGACCACCAGACCAUCACCAUUCAGGAGAUGCCGGAGAAGGCUCCCGCUGGACAGCUGCCUCGCUCUGUUGACAUCAUCCUGGACAACGACCUGGUGGAUGUGGUCAAGCCGGGUGACCGGGUGCAGGUGGUAGGUACCUACCGCUGCCUGCCAGGCAAGAAGAAUGGUUACACCUCUGGCACGUUCAGGACGAUUCUGAUUGCGUGCCAUGUCAAGAUGAUGAGUAAGGAGGUGUCUCCCAUGUUUUCUGCAGACGAUGUGGCCAAAAUAAAGAAAUUCAGCAAAUCGCGUUCAAAGGACAUCUUUGAUCAGCUGGCCAGGUCCCUGGCUCCCAGUAUUCAUGGAAACGACUACAUCAAGAAAGCCAUUCUCUGCCUGCUGCUGGGUGGCUCCGAGAAACACCUGGAGAACGGCAGCCGGAUUCGGGGUGAUAUCAACAUCCUUCUAAUAGGCGACCCGUCAGUGGCUAAAUCGCAGCUCCUGCGUUAUGUGCUAUUCAGUGCACCACGUGCAAUUCCAACCACCGGCCGAGGUUCCACUGGGGUGGGUUUAACUGCAGCGGUAACCACUGACCAGGAAACCGGAGAGCGACGUCUCGAGGCUGGUGCCAUGGUUUUAGCUGACCGAGGAGUCGUCUGCAUUGACGAGUUUGACAAGAUGUCUGACCUGGAUCGUACUGCUAUCCACGAGGUGAUGGAGCAAGGCCGUGUGACUAUAGCUAAAGCUGGCAUCCACGCCAGGCUCAAUGCCAGGUGCAGCGUGCUGGCUGCAGCCAAUCCUGUCUAUGGAAAGUAUAACCAGUAUAAAACUCCGAUGGAGAACAUUGGCCUGCAGGAUUCACUGCUGUCCCGUUUUGACCUGCUCUUCAUCAUGCUGGACCAGAUGGACCCGGAGCAGGACCGCGCGGUUUCUGAACACGUGCUGCGAAUGCACAGGUACAGAGCCGCAGGCGAGCAAGAUGGUGAUGCUUUGCCGUUGGGCAGUGCUGUAGACGCCCUGGCGACAGAGGACCCGGAUGCCUUGCAGGAUGAGGAACAGGAGCUUCAGGUUUAUGAAAAACAUGACAACCUUCUUCAUGGAGCCAGGAGACGAAAAGAGAAGAUCGUCAGCAUGGAGUUCAUGCGCAAAUACAUCCACGUCGCAAAGAUUGUCAAACCUGUGCUCACCACAGAAGCAGCCAACUACAUUGCGGAGGAGUACUCCAGCUUGCGUAGCCAGGACCAGAUGAGUUCCGAUGUGGCUCGGACUUCACCGGUCACUGCCCGAACUCUGGAGACCUUGAUCAGGUUGUCGACUGCCCACGCAAAAGCCAGGAUGAGCAAAUCCAUCGACCUCCAAGAUGCUGAAGCUGCUGUCGAACUGGUUCAGUUUGCUUACUUCAAGAAGGUUUUGGAGAGACAAAAGAAAUCACGCAAAGAUGAGAGUGACGUGGAGACGGAGGAAGAGGAGGUGACCCAGGAUGAUGGCGACAGCAAGAAGAGGAGGAAGCCCCAGUCGAAGGGUGGUGAAGGCAGAAAGCGGAGACGGGAGCUGGGUGAGGAUGAGCAGUAUGACCCCUACGACUUCAGUGAUGCUGAGGAGGAGGCUCCAGACACCCAGCCGCGCACUCCAAAGACCCCUGAUGCUGACGAGCGGAUGGACGUCGGUGAUGGAGCUGCUGAAACUGUGCUAAGUGAAGAAAGGUUGAAGGUGUUCAAAGCUGCCCUGUUAGAUGCUUUCAAAGCUGUACAUGCACAGUCCCUCGGAAUGCAAACCCUGAUGGCUUCAAUCAACAAAGGAAAUGAGGUUCCAUUCUCCGAGGAGGAGGUGCAGGCCGCUCUCGACAAGAUGCAGGAAGACAACCAGAUUAUGGUGUCAGAUCAGAUCAUCUUCCUGAUCUGAAGUAGUCAAUUUCAACAUGCACCUCCUGUGCAUCAGACAGAUCUAAAAGCACAGUGGGGUGUGACUAAAGGACCUGCUGUGACUGCUUAAAUAUUGGCCAAUUUUUGUAGAAAUUAAGUUUUCCCUACCCUGUUGCAUUGGGUCAUUCUCAAUGCACUUCAAGAGCUUGAGCUCGAUGUAGGUGUCCGGUAAAUGUGUCCCCUGUGGUCUGCAGGGAGGGGGGGAUUUCCAUUGGUUCAAGAAGGAAAACAUUUAUUAUUUUUUUUAUAUAUAUACGCAGCCUAAUUUCUUCAGAAUUGCACUGCUGAAUAUUGCCUGUGUCUGUUAUAAAGACUUGAGUUUGAGGGAUUUCAGAGUACACCUGCUGCCCAUCAGUAUCCUGGGAAGUGUGGGUGGAGGGGACAUAAUUAGCUUGCCAUGACACUGGAAGGGGUGGUCUACUGGUUUGAAAGGUAGGGAAAUUCUUCUCAGCCCCUCAUUCCUACUGGGACAUAGUCUGCCAACAGAAACUCAUCAGAGUCCUCUGUCCUGGGCCGGACUGUCAAGUUAUCCCCAGCUGUAGCCCAUCCACAAAGAUCCUUCCUCUUCCAGGGAUGAGGUCUUUGGAGCUUCUGUUGGCAUUCUUGUAGCUCUGGGUUUUUAACAUGAUUGAGUUGCUUGCCUAUGCCCCAACCUCCUUCCUUUUGCAGCUGGCUUGGGACUGCCUAUGGCAGAGGUGGGUAGGGAAGUGGAAGGGUUAAACUCAGGAUGUACAUCUCUAUAAGUCCAAGAGGUUGUCGAAGUGUUGAAAGGGUUAAAUCAUCAAAAUGGCUCAUCAACCCUGCUUAAAGGCUUCCUUCUGAAGAUCCUCUUGGGGCGGUGUUGCAUCAUACUCCGUUUCUUGUCUUGCUCCUAAAAUAGUUUUAAAUUCAAAUAGUUCCGGUAUGAUUGGUCCUUCGCUCCGCAGUGUCCCGCUAAUUCAUGGCCCCUUUGAUUAUCCAGUGCUACAUCAACCAGUGACCAACAGGGGUGAAGGUCAAGGUUCAGUAAAACGGUCCAGAGUGGCCCUUUGCCCAGGUGGGAGGGGAGGGCUGUACUGACAGCUGUUUGCAAGUUUACAGUAGGCUCUUUUGAACUUCAGUGUGGUUAGUUCUGACAUUGCAGGAGUGUCAUUGCCGGUCAAGUUUCUGACAUCAGUGACCCUUUGAAGGCGCAUGAUCUUGCUUGUGUUAGGCAGUGGUUGGGUCCUCUCUUGUUGACCGUCUCCUGGAAUAACCGGUUCCCGCAGAAAGGGGUGGCCAGCUGCAAAGUUGUAUCAUGCUGAAAUUGCGUUACUGCUUGUGAAAAGGAUUUUUGUAAUAAAAUUUAAU